AUGGAGCAUAUUCGUAAACAUGGUGAAGAAUGGGGAGGCCAAUCAAGCUCAAAGUUCCUUCCCUCGAAGAAACAUGUCGAGAUGAUCCAACCUAAACAAGCACCUCAUCCGUUGUUCUCGACCAUGGGCAGGAAGCAUAUCCCUGAACAACAAUUUAGGAGAUGCACUCAGGAUGAAUGGAAACCUAGCAGGGUUAUUCAAAAGGAUCCAGGACAUUGGAUGGAGAAGCAUACCAGCAAAAUUAUCGAACGAUUUACAAUAGUUAAGCCUAAAUCAGAGCGCAUGACCACCAUUGACAACAUGACUCUUAAACUCAAGGAGAAAAAGUACAAGCAAAAACAAGAAACUCUUCAGGAAGAAGAAAGAAUUGUCAGAGAGCUCGAUGACUGGGAAGAGAACCACCUCGUACAGCAGAUUGAGAAGCAGUAGGCUAGACCUUGAUUUCCUUCACAACCU